AUGGCCCUCGGAAAGGAGGUCUUCCAAGUGCUUAGCCAUUCUAGUGAAGAUUUAAGGUUUUCAUGGGUGAAUCUCUCCAGGAAUCUAAUGUUAGCAUACCAGAGCUUUGGUGUUGUAUAUGGUGACUUGAGCACUUCACCUCUUUAUGUUUAUAAAAGCACAUUCGUAGGGAAGUUGCAGAAAUAUCAGAAUGAUGAUGCAAUAUUUGGUGUAUUAUUGUUGAUAUGUUGGACCGUAAUGUUAAUUCCUUUGCUCAAAUAUGUGUUCAUCGUUUUGACUGCCGAUGAUAAUGGCGAAGGUGGUACAUUUGCUCUUUACUCGCUGCUUUGUAGGCAUGCAAAGCUUAGUUUACUUCCCAAUCAACAAGCAGCUGAUGAGGAGUUGUCUGCUUGUAGAUAUGGUCCCUCAAGACAGGGUUCAUUAUCUUUACCACUGAAGAGAUUUCUUGAAAAGCAUAAAAAAUUGCGGACAACCCUACUUAUUGUGGUGUUAUUGGGGGCUUGCAUGGUCAUAGGUGAUGAUGUGAUUACUCCCGCAAUUUCAGGUAACUUAAUGCUAAGUUAUCCAUGUUAUCAAGAAGAAUUGACUAGAAGUUUGUUAGAGCAUCCCUAA